AACAAGAAGACGCGCAUCAUCCCGCGCCACCUGCAGCUGGCCAUCCGCAACGACGAGGAGCUCAACAAGCUGCUGGGCCGCGUCACCAUCGCGCAGGGCGGCGUGCUGCCCAACAUCCAGGCCGUGCUGCUGCCCAAGAAGACCGAGAGCCACCACAAGGCCAAGGGCAAGUCUUGGUACUAUCAUGAAAAGCAUCUGAACGAUGCAGUUAUGAAACGGAACUUAGUGAGAAACAAACGAAUACAUUAUUCCGGUAAAUUUGAAAAUGGGAAGAAGCUGUAUUUGAAAAGGGGAAGAAGCUGAAAUAAUGCAUUUUUUAAAGGAUAAUUUAGGCGGUGACUUCCAAAUUCCAGGUCCAAGUCUGUUUCACUAGUGGAAUCUUAACGUUGGAGUACAGCAAUGAUUUCGUUCCUGUAACAAUGAGAAAAUCCGUGGCAUGAAAAAGAAAAGGGAUUCCGAGGUCUUAGGACCCAAGUGAGGAUUGGAGGAAGAACCAAUCACGUUGCUGCAACGGUUCUGGCCAAUCAGGACCGUAUCACAAGUAUAAAGCCUGGUGCCGGCGCCCGCUUCCCAGUCGCUGGUUUCCGCAGGGUAGG